AUGGUGUCUUUAUUACGGACCCUACAAGAUCAUCUUGAUGAUGUCAACUGUUGCGCCUUGUCUAAUUCAAUGCUGGCGACCUGCUCCAUUGACAAAACAAUUCGUGUGUACACUACCAAUGACUUCUGUGAGCUUAAUUUCUCUCCGCUGUCCGAACACACGUAUGGCGUUCACUGCUGCUGUUUUAGCAGUUGUGGCAGGUAUCUCGCUUCAUGUUCAACUGAUGCUACGACAAUCGUAUGGGACAUGCAAACAGGUAAAGUCGAAGUAAAGUUCGAAUACCCCGGUCGAACCCCUGUACGGAUUUGCUCGUUCUCUCCCGACUCGUCUUAUUUACUGUCCGGAGCGACGGACGGAACUGUGACACUCUGGGAUGUCCCGACAAAGUCCCUACAAAGGACAAGAGCAGCCACGGAGGGCACCCUGGUUGCCAGUGCAUUCUCUCCCUGCGGUCAGAUGUUUGUGACGGGUUCUACUCUGGGAGACCUCCGGGUCUGGAACCUAGCAAUGAACCAGCUCUGUGCCGAAAAGGACGCCCACGACCUGGGAGUAAACUGCUGUAAUUUUUCUCCUCAGACUGACUCUGACGGUCACACCUUGCAGUUUCGACUGGCCUCCUGUGGACAAGACAGUCAGCUGAAGAUAUGGAUCAUUUCCCAGCAUGCAUCAGCGGGUUGUAUGAUGCAGCUGCUUCACACGCUCACUGGGCAGUCUUCUCCUGUGCUCUCCUGCUGUUUCUCCUCAGAUGGACAGCGGCUGAUAUCCGGAUCAGUGGAUAAAACAGUUGCUGUAUAUGAUGCGAAUCAGGCAGUUCUACUACACACUUUGACCCAACACCGGAGGUAUGUAACGACUUGUGCCUUUGCUCCAGUUGGCCCGUUGUUUGUCACUGGCUCCAUGGAUAAGACAGUGAACAUCUGGAUGAUGGGAGAAGGAGAGGCUUUACCAGCUCUCUCUACCAAACGUCCCAGAACAACACAGAGGGGAAGGAAGCUGCCGGGUCACUCCAGGUUGCCGGUCAGCGAUUGGACGGAGGAAGAUGUGUCGGCGUGGUUAAGCGAAGAGGGAAUGGAAGCUCUGGUCAGCACGUUCAAAGCCAACAACAUUGAUGGACGUGAACUGGUCAGCCUGACCAAAGAAACUCUAGCUACUGAGCUACACGUUGAUUCUGUGGGUCUCCGGGGAAAGGUUCUGAGGAAGAUUGAGGAGCUGAAGCAGGUGUUGGAGGGCUCUGAUGUUCCAGAUGAAUUUGUGUGUCCCAUCACCAGAGAAGUCAUGAAGGAUCCAGUCAUGGCUGCAGAUGGCUACUCAUAUGAGAGGGAAGCAAUUGAGAGCUGGCUUAAAACUAAAAACCCAUGCAGUCCCAUGACAAACUUACCUCUACAGACCACCCUAUUAACACCAAACCGGACCCUCAGGAUGGCCAUAAACCGGUGGAGAGACAAGCGAUGAUAACGGUUAGACUUCCAGGUACAGUUGGCUUAUUGAUGAUGACGAA